AAAUUUGGGCUCUCGGUGGAUCAUGUUGUCGAUGCGAAAAUUGUUGAUGUGAAUGGAAGAAUCCUCGACAGAAAAUCGAUGGGGGAAGAUCUUUUCUGGGCAAUUAGAGGAGGAGGGGGAGCAAGCUUUGGAGUUAUUUUAGCCUAUAAAAUCCAGUUAGUUCCGGUGCCUGAAAUAAUAACAGUUUUCCAGAUCCCAAGGACAUUGGAAGAGAACGCUACUGACAUUGUCUAUCGGUGGCAACAUAUUGCGCCUAAAACUGACAGUAAUCUUUUUAUGAGACUUUUGCUGCAACCCAUUUAUUCCAAACAGAAGAAGACAGUCCGAGCCUCUGUUUAUGCUCUGUUUCUUGGAGGGGUCGAUCAGCUUCUCUCGAUACUGACAAGGGAUUUUCCUGAAUUGGAUUUGAAGAGAGAAGACUGUAUUGAAAUGGGUUGGAUUGAAUCUGUGGUCUGGUGGGCUAAUUAUGAACAUGGAACAUCCCCCCAUGUGCUGCUCCACAGAAGUCCUGACCCAGCUUACUUCCUGAAAAGAAAAUCUGACUACGUCCAGAUUCCCAUCUCCAAAGAUGGGUUGGAAUUGCUUUGGAAGAAGCUGAUGGAAUUGGAUAAAACUGGGUUGGUUUUCAAUCCAUAUGGUGGACAAAUGAACCGAAUCUCUGCUACGGAUACAGCUUUUCCUCACCGAGCUGGAAACUUGUUCAAAAUCCAGUACUCAGUAAACUGGAAAGAGCAAGGGGCUGAAGCAGACAAGAGCCACACAAGUCAACUACAAUUGCUUUACAAUUUCAUGACCCCGUUCGUUUCCAAGAAUCCAAGAAGGGCUUACUUCAAUUAUAGGGAUCUAGACAUUGGCAUCAAUCAUAAUUAUAAUGCGGCGAACAGUUUCGAGGAAGGGCGAGUUUAUGGAAUCAAAUACUUCAACGAGAACUUUGAAAGGUUGGUUCAGGUGAAGACUGCGGUGGAUCCACAAAAUUUCUUCAGAGACGAACAGAGCAUCCCCAUUCUUCCAAAGCUCCGAUCUUCUUCUGGUUUGGAUUGGAGUAGAAGUUGGGGGUUGACCAUGGUGGCCAUAAUGUUCACAGCCAAGCUAUUAUAGACUCACUUCUCAGAGGCAUUGGAAUGAAUGAAGCCUCAAACUAUUCUUUAUUGCAGGAAGAAGAGGAGGAGAAUUGCCUGUUAACUGUGAAACAAGACCCGUUAUUGAAGAAGCUAUUGCUCCACUAGGAAUCUGAGGCAAUUUCUAUGAUUGGCUUGAGAAAAGUUCCACAGUCUUCUCAAUGAAUGGGAUUCCACAACAUAGAAGAGAACUAGUGGGAGAAGAACAGCAGCACCAUGUUUUUCAAGUCCAACCUUUCUUCUCAAGCUUUGAUAUUCUAAACUUCAAAGCCAGAUGACAAUUUUGUAAUCAUCCACUUAGUGGCGGCUUGUAAUUAUAUCAUAAUGAGUGGCAGUAGUUUAAAGUUGGAUCCAAUCCUUUUUACCACUUAUUCUGAUUUGGGUUUUUAACAAAUCCUCUUGUGCCACUUCUAGAAAA